GGCAUGCUCAGUGCCGGCGGCCGGGCUGGCGCUGCUCCCGGUGCUCGCGGAGCCCGCGGGCGCUGCCACACGUGCGGCGGGAGGCGCCGCUGCAGCCCCAUGGGCAGCCGGGCGGCGGGCGGCACGGGCGGCGAGCUGCCCCCAGAUGAUGGCGUGUCAGAAGCAGUUGGUGAGGAAUCAAGACGGCUUACCAGAGAACAGCUUUUUACAAUAGUUGCAGCAGCUUCUAUAAAUUUCAGUUCAAUGAUGUGCUACUCAAUUCUGGGACCCUUUUUCCCUUCAGAGGCAGAAAAAAAAGGUGCCAGUAACACAAUUGUUGGCCUGAUUUUUGGAUGUUUUGCUUUGUUCAAUUUCUUGACUUCUUUAAUAUUGGGAAAUUAUCUUUCACAAAUUGGAGCAAAAUUCAUGUUUGUGUCAGGGAUGUUUGUUUCAGGAUGUGUGACCAUUCUGUUUGGAAUGCUCGACAAGGUGCCAAGUGGACCAAUGUUCAUUGGUUUCUGCUUUUUAGUAAGAACAAUGGAUGCAAUAAGCUUUGCAGCAGCAAUUACAGCAUCGUUCUCAAUCCUUGCAAAGGCAUUUCCCACUAAUAUAGCUACUGUCCUGGGCAGUCUUGAAAUUUUUUCAGGACUUGGACUGGUGUUGGGCCCACCUUUGGGUGGCUUUUUGUAUCAAUCGUUUGGUUACGAGGUCCCUUUCAUCGCGCUGGGAUGCAUAGUUUUGGCUUUGGUGCCUGUGAAUAUGUGCAUAUUGCCAAGAUAUGAUUCGACUCCUAGGAAGGAAUCAUUUUGGAAGCUCAUUCUUCUGCCAAAAGUCCUAAUACUCUGUCUCACUAUAUUUUCUCUAAGUGCAUGCUUGGGUUUUUUUGAUCCCACAAUAUCUCUAUUUGUCUUAAAGAAGUUCAAACUCCCAGCUGGUUAUGUGGGCUUGGUGUUCCUUGGUUUGGCACUCUCGUACUCCCUGUCUUCUCCUCUCCUUGGACUCGUGAGCGACAAACUGCCGUACAUCCGGAAGUGGCUGCUGAUAUUUGGAGACUUAAUGACAGCAGUGUGCCUUUUCAUGCUAGGACCUGCUCCUGUACUGCACAUUGAAAGUCAGCUAUGGAUGUUUGUGCUAGUGUUGGUUUUGAUUGGCUUUUCCCUUGGCAUGAGUGCUAUCCCAGUGUUUCCAGAGAUCCUGCAAUGUGCAUAUGAGAAUGGAUUUGAAGAAGGUCUGAGUCUUCUGGGACUGGUGUCUGGGCUCUUCAAUGCCAUGUGGUCCCUUGGGGCAUUUGUAGGCCCAAUUCUGGGAGGAUUUCUAAAUGAAGAACUGGGUUUUGAAUGGGCUGCAGCCAUCCAAGGAGGAUGGCCACUGUUAAGUGGUCUUGCAACUGGAAUAUUUUAUAUCAUUGAGGCAACAAGGAAAAGUUCCAGUUCCAGCCUGCAAAAUCCUCCUGGUGAUAAUGAAGACAGGACUCAUCUAAUGGGCAAUGAAACAUAGCCAAACAUACUUUCUAUUCUCUGUUUGCUGUUGUGGUUUAACCUAGUAUUGAGGUGACUGGCCUUAACAGUGCUUCAUUAUUCUGGAGCUGGGACGUGAUCCCUUAGUGAACAACCAGUUGUGGUUUAAUUGUAGAGGCAUUACUUUUUUUUGAAACACUAAACACUGACUGCCUUUCUUUUGGAAGUUCUCCUAAAUGAUGAGUAACACUCAGCUGUCAGCCUAUUUAAUUGUGUUCCAUGUACAGUGCACCACUGUAUAUGAAAAGAUGUCUGGUUUCCAUG